AUGGCAUUCACGAUUCACGAGUUACGAUCCUCGAUCCUCGAUCCUCGAUCCACGAUCCACGGUUCACGAUUCGCGAUUGCGUUUCAGAAGGCCAGGACGUGUGAUCUUGACUUCAAUCACGAAUGUACAGCACUGCGGUAUAAGGAAGCGUCAGGCUGUGGACGGGCAACCCUAAGUUGUAGAAAAAGGGGCAGCAGGUUGCGCACUUUGCGGAAGUGGGUUGAACCUGUAGCCGAAGACGGACUCCGUUACCCUAUCAGCCGUUACGCGCAGAUUCCGCACUGGUGUAUGGCCAGCUUUGCCGCCACAAUUGAGGGUACUUCCACCACUCGGGACUGCUCAUACCGUUGGUUCAUUGCGCAACAACUGCCGCGUUGCUCGGCAUCUGCUCGGCGUGCUGCAGGACUAGUCUUUGAUAGAAACACAGGACGUGCGAAAAUCGCAAGAUCUAUCACAAGACAAAGCUGUUCAACUCAGGAAUGGUAG